UGUGUGUGUCCGUCAGGGUGCCUGCGCCUGGCGGACUACCUGGACGGCGUGAAGAAGAACUACGAGGCGGCCGCCCAGGUCCUCAGACACAACUGUGAGCAGAACGGCCACGGGGAGAGCUGCUACAAGCUGGGAACCUACCACAUCGCCGGCAAGGGUGGGGUCCCCGCGUGCCUGCGCUCGGCGUACUCCUGCUUCCUGCGCUCCUGCGAGAAGGGAGGCAAGAAGCGGGCCGAGGCCUGUCACAGCGUGGGCCUGCUGGCUCACGACGGCCGCGCGCUGGAGGCCGGCCCGGACGCCGGGGCGGCGCGGAACUACUACGAGCGGGCGUGCGGGGAGGGCCUGGCGGCCAGCUGCUUCAACCUGAGCGUGCUGUACAUCACGGGGGCGCCGGGGCUGGCGAGCGACAUGGGCCGGGCGCUGCAGUUCGCCCUGCAGGCCUGCCAGCUGGGCCACGUCUGGGGCUGCGCCAACGCCAGCCGCAUGUUCAAGCUGGGCGAGGGGGUGCCCAAAGACCAGGCCCGGGCGGAGGAGCUGAAGAACCGCGCCAAGGAGCUGCACAGCCAGCAGAAGGAGGCGCAGCUGACCUUCGGGGAGUGAGGGCGUCUCCCGGGAGACUGGGGGGGGCUCUCUCUGACACCCUUGACCCUUCACUACGCCCUCUCGGCCUUUGUGCCGCUGCCCUUCAGACAGUGUGCUCAGGCCUGUGUAAGUCCAGCCGGGGUGCAGACGAGCCCGGAGCUCCUUCAGAACCAGAGUCAGGAGAGCGCCUGUGUGGGUGCUGCUGGGGGUGGGGGGGAACAGUGCCCCCAAGCUCCUCCUGCAGUCCGCCGGGGGCUCUGCCAGGCAGAGGCACACAGACCAGGACAGCGGCAUCUCUGAACAGAACUGCGCAGCUGCUGCUGCUUCUCUCCUCUUCAGCACGAGAGCGCCCCCUCUCUCCUGAGGCCACGCGCGGUGUGGCACUGUCAUCCGCCGCCCGGGUGUGUGUCCCUGUGGUGGCGGUGCGUGGUUAAAACCCAGCGUGGGCAGCCCUGCCAGAUUGUUUUCCCUGACAUACCGGCAGCCUGAGGGCACCUACUGCGAUCUCUCAUUGUAGGGGGGCCCAGAGGGGAUGUCUACUGAGCCUACGAAACAUUAAAACACAAGGUGGAGAGUUUCUUCUGCGUGUCGCGUCCAGAAUCCAAAUAAAGUGUUUAGAUUGGCCAGCU